AUGCCUAUAGAAGAGGAAGCUAAAAAAGCAGUAAGAGAAGAGAAAGAAGAAGAAGAAGAGGAAGAAGAGAAAGAAGAGAAAAAUAUAGAAGUUAUUGCAGUUAAGAAAGAGGCUAAGGCUAAAGUAGCUAUAGAAGUAGCUAUAGUUAAGAAAGAAGUAGCUAUAGAAGUUAUUGCAGAAGUAGCUGUAGUAAAGAAAGAAGUAGCUGUAGAAGUAGCUAUAGAAGUAGCUAUAGUAGAGGAAGAAGUAGCUAUAGAAGUAGCUGUAGAAGUAGUUUCUAUUAAGAAAAAGAAGAAAGAGGAGAAAGAGGUUAUAAAGGUUACUACUAAGGUUAUAGAGGUUACUACUAAGGUUACUAUAGUUAAGGUAAAACUAAGGCUAGCUAGAAUUAUAAGUAGAGUUAGGCUCUAG